GGAGGAUGGGGAGGGGAACACCCAUAUAGAAGGGGAGGGAGAGGGGUUGGGGGAUGUUGGCCGGAAACCAGGAAAGGGAAUAACAUUUGAAAUGUAAAUAAGAAAUACUCAAGUUAAUAAAAAAGAAUUAAAAAAAAAGAGUUAGGGGUUAAAACUCAGACCCCCAUACUUGUGCUGUGAGCACUGCACCCGCUCAGCCAACACCCCACCCCACCUAAGUUUUACUUUUAAUAAAAACAAACAGGUCUCUGUUACAUAACAGCUUUCCUAAUCGUCUCACUACUUUUAACCUUAACCUUUCCUUUCUUUUCUUUCUUUUUUAAGCUUUAUUUAUUUAGUUAUUAUAGAUGAGUACACUGUAGCUGUUUUCAGACACACCAGAAGAGGGCACCAGAUGUCACUACAGAUGGUUGUGAGUCACCAUGUGGUUGCUGGGAUUUGAACUCAGGACCUCUGGAAGAGCAGUCAGUGCUUUAACCACUGAGCCAUCUCUCCUUUCUUUCCUUCUUCUAAACACAGGGUCUCGAUGUGGGCAGAAAGGCCUUGAACUCACACUCGUCCUUCCUCGGCUCCCUGAAUUUGAAAUCAUUGACACCUUCAAAAGCUUGACCAAGGAACUACUGAGACAAGAACAUUUAACCCAGGCUCCUCAGAGAAAUGACCCCCACCGGGUCACUGAUAGAACAUUUUUCAUUGACGGUUCCAACCAGAAUUUGAAGACCAUCCCGCCAGAGAUUUUGGCAUUAAAAGAAUUAGAAGAAGUGCAUCUGGAGAAUAACCAGAUCUCGGAAAUUCCCCAGGGCAUUCAGCACUUAGAGAAAAUCAAGGUCCUCUACCUGCAUAACAACAGCCUGCAAAAUCUGUGCCAGGAGCUGGGGUCGCUGAGCAACCUGGAGUCGCUGGACCUGAGCGGCAACCUGCUGGUCCUCUCCUCGCUGCAGGUCAUCUGCCGCCUCCGCACCCUUCGCGAGCUGAGGCUCUACAACACCGGCCUGACCGAGGUUCCCUCGGGCAUCUGCAAAUCCCUGCACCACCUAGAGCUGUUAGGUCUGUCAGAGAACUACCUGGAAUCGCUGCCCAAGGAAAUCGUGAACCAGACCAAGCUCAGGGAGAUCUACCUGAAGCAGAAUCACUUCGAGAAUUUCCCUUGCGACCUAUGUGUCCUCUGCAACCUGGAGGUGAUCGAUCUGGACGACAACAAGCUGAAGACCAUCCCGGAAGACAUCGGGCACCUAGUGAGGCUGCAGAAGUUCUACGUGGCGUCUAACCACCUGAUGGGUCUACCGGAGUCUCUGAGCCACUGCCGCAAGCUGUCGGUGCUGGAUUUGACCCACAACUCUAUCCAUUCCCUGCCCUACAGCCUGGAGCAACUCACGGAGCUCACGGAGGUGGGGCUGAGUGGCAACCGGCUGGAGAAGGUGCCGCGCCUGCUCUGCAACUGGGUAUCGCUGCAUCUGCUGUAUCUGCGCAACACCAGCCUGCACGGGCUGCGGCGCUCCUUCAAGCACCUGGUCAACCUGCGCUUCCUGGACCUCAGCCAGAAUCACAUAGAUCACUUUCCCGUGCAGAUCUGCACACUCAAGGACCUGGAGAUCCUGGCGCUGGAUGAUAACAAAGUGAAGCAGUUACCACCAGCCAUAAGUUCGCUUUCUAAACUGAAGAUCCUCGGGCUCACAGGAAAUGACUUUGUGUCCUUCCCAGAGGAAAUCUUUUCCUUAGUGUCCCUGGAGAAAUUAUAUAUCGGACAAGACCAGGGGUCUAAGCUUUCCUCUUUGCCAGAAAACAUCAAGAAACUGACGAAUCUUAAGGAGCUGUACAUAGAGAACAACCAACUGGAACAGCUGCCGGCAUCCUUGGGGUUAAUGCCAAACCUGGAGGUUCUUGACUGCCGGCAUAACCUUCUUAGGCAACUCCCAGAUGCCAUUUGCCAAACUCGAGAUUUGAGAGAGCUCCUGCUGGAAGACAAUUUACUCAGUCGCCUCCCGGAGAACCUUGAUCACCUGGUGAAUCUCAAGGUCCUAACGCUGACCGACAACCUCAUGGAGGACCCUCCCAUGGAAGUGUGCGAGCAGGGCAACGAAGCCAUAUGGAGACACCUGAAGGAGAACAGAAUCAGGAAAGUGAUGGCCACCAAGAUUCAGGCGUGGUGGCGUGGAAUCAUGGUCCGGAAAGGAUAUGGAUCCUACGAAGAGCUACUAAAAGCCCGGAAGAAAGGAAAAUCCCCUCCAAAGGAUAAGAAAGGAAAAGCAGCCCCAAAAGGAAAACCCGCAAAAGGGAAUAAAAAAUAAUUAUGUAAAUGGGUGAAUGAAAAUAAAGAUUGCUAACAGAGCAGGAAGGGCACCGUGUCUAGGGGCUACACAUCAGCCACAUGAAAAUUACCCACGAAAUUAAGGCUGUUUGUAAUAAUAAAAGAAUCUUAUUUUACUGGAA